AUGUUUAAGGACACCACCACCAAAAUCGAUACCCCGCCUCCUCAACCUCAGGCCCCCACCCCCCAGGUCCAUUCACCGUUACCACUGCUGAAACCAGUGCAGUCGCCGGUGUGCAAGAACUGCAAGACCCAGACGACUCCGUUAUGGCGUCGAGACGACCUGGGUCAGGUUCUUUGCAAUGCCUGCGGUCUUUUCCUCAAGUUACACGGCCGUCCCCGCCCCAUUCUGUUAAAGACCGAUACCAUCAAACUGCGGAACCGGAUAAAACUGGGCACCAACCACCCGCAGAAUCAUCACAAACUGAUGCCUAACACUCCCGAGUUGCGGGCCAAUCACGAUAAGUCUCGCCGACCGCUGGGACUGUCGCCAAAAGGUGCUGCUGGCGUCAAGCGAAAAUCGCUGGGGGACUACACGCCGCUUAUGAUCAAGCAGCUGCAAGUUGGCGGCCAUCCUCAGACCCAGUUUAACGGGCUGAUCCCCGGUGGUGCCACUCCGGGCCUUCCCGCAGUGAACCACCCUCGAUUCCCUAACCAGUCGGCAGUGCAACCCCUCCACUACCCGACCCUGGUGCCACCGCUGUUUCCUCGAGGGUUGGAACGGAUCACGUCGCCGCUUUUAUUGUCGUCGGCGACGCAACACGACCGCGCCGCUGCUCUGGCUCUCGAGACGAUGUCGCUGAAUGAGUUGGGUCACGUGGCCUACAAACGAGUGCCGCCGCCGCAAGGAGUGCUGCUAAUUGCCAGUAACUCUCACCCGACUCAGCAACAAGGGGCGCUGACGAUAUUCUCUGCCGUCAACAUGACCCAGGCGUCUAAUGAAGCUAAUGCUGCCACCGCCGCCGCCGCCGCUAAUACUAAUCCCGGUGCCCCCACUAAUCAGGUGCCAUCGCAAGUGUCGCUGGCAUCAGCGACACAACACCAAGCCAGUUCACUGCCCCAGGAACCCUCAGGAUCGCUGCUGGCUCCUGGUUCAGCGCUGCAGCCGCCGCUGGGUGGCUCGCCGCCUAAUAAUAACCCCGGCCAGCAAUCUCUGGAAGUCACCGCUCUUAAAACCCGGAUCCUGGAGCUCGAGCUCGUCAAUGAUCUCUAUCGAACACGGAUUAUCGAGCUUGAGGCGAUGGAACAGGCGCUGCGUCUUCGCGAGGAUCUGAUGCGUCAUCGGUUAGAGGAUAUGAUGAACUUGGCCAACAUGCAAGGCGUGGUGCCGGUGCUGAAUUCCCAGGCUCAACAACAACAACAACAACAACAACAACAACAACAACAGCAGCAACAGCAACAGCAGCAACAGCAACAGCAACAGCAACAACAGUCGCCGCAAUACGGGGUGAUACUGCCGCCACAAACGUUCCAGCUGUCGCCUAGUGCCGUGUACCAGAACCAGGCUACUUCCCGACAGGAACUGCCAGCAGGGGUCAACCAGGGCCAAUCUCAGCAGUCUCAACAACAGCAGCCUCAGCAGCAACAACCUCAGGCUCGGCAGCCGCAGCCGCCUCAGCUUUCGCAACCGCUGCAACUGACCCAUCAACCCCAGCCAGCUGCUCAUCAACCUCAAGCGUCACAGCAGCAGCAGCAGCAGCAACAACAGCCGCAACCGCAGCCGCCAGUGCUCCCGCUGAUUGGCGCUUCGACCCAGUUGCCGCCGCCAAUGCUCCCGGCGCUCGGGUCGAUGCUGCUGCCUCUGCAAAACAAACAAGGCAUCGUGUUGCCGAGCUUGAAGCGGCCUCACGACGAUGACGGUGCCGACGGCAAGAAGCCGAGGUACUGA